CCGGCAUUGUUACUUGAAGGUUCUUUGCUGAAUUCGUUACGCUGACAAAUUUAUUUCUGACGAAAUAUUCCAAACAUUACGAGUAAACCAUGGAUGAAAUGGAACAAUUAGCCAAGUCAUUAAUGCAAUGUAAAUCAUUCAAAGAGAGACAGCAAAAUCUUAAUGAGGCACUUGAUCAUUUGUCAUUUCAAUACUCCCAUUUGUACAUUAUGUUGUUUAGAGAGAUGAAAAAGAGAGAAACUGAGUAUAAUGAUACAAAUAAAAUUACUAAAUGGUUAAGUACUUCAAAAUCUAAUUCUUAUGUCAAACUCCACGAAGCAUUGAUAUUGUUAAAAAGUAACAAUAUUAUAGCUAAGGAAACUUAUCUAUUUAAUUUGAGACAUAUGUUAAACCAAACAAUUGAAAAUGGUUCCAACAUUGGAGAUGCUGUAAAAAUCUGCUGGUUAAUUGAAAAAUCUGCUCAUUUGUCAACUAUUUAUGAAAGUUUGAAACAUCUUAUUCAAAAAGUGAAAAAAUUGCAAAACAAUAAACGUAAUUCUCGAUUGAGAAACAUUGAACAGAAUGAUCCAUUUGAAUCAACACUAAAAAAUGAUUUUGAUCAAUUACACAUUCAAGGUGCCCAACAUAAAAAUCAAAUCUGGCCAUCAAUCAUUCAACCUACACAUUAUAAUUUGGUUCAUGAUUUACCGCGCUUCAAUUUGAACUGUUUUGAUUAUGAUCAUUUUGAGAUAAAUGCCAUGGUCAACAGACGACCUGCAUCUAACUUUUCGCAAUCACAACAUAACCUAACAAUUGUUAGCCAAGAUAUGGAUGGAGCCUUCAUACAAUGGCUUUACUAUUUGAAACUUCACAAGUAUCAAUGGUUCUUUAAUGGCCUGAGUUACUUGGAAAUUGAAUGUAUUGAUGAAGACAAUAUUGAAGGAUUCAUAUCUAAAGUUAAUGUAAACUUCAUACCAAAAGGAGCACAAAAGAAGAUAUGUAUAUCAACUAAAGCGUUGAGGGAUCGGCAGCAAAAGUUUAAAGACUUGAUUUUGUCUUUGGAUUUAGAAGUCACUCUAGUUGAAUUAUGUGAGUAUAUGACGUACAUGCGGGAUAUACUACAUUAUCCUAUUCCAAAUAAGAACUGUGUUGUUGGUGACCAACUGCAACAGGACAUAGUUCUCAUCAUGGAAAAAGCAUUAAAUCAAGUGUUGGAGAAGCUAGCGGCUAGUAGAAUUCUUAUUUCCCUAAGUUUACUUGGGACAACCAUAAAUAAAUAUUUGGAAUGUUCGUUGUUAAUUAUUGGGAACCAAACGUUCAUGAGACAUCAAAUUGAAAAAACUACAUUACUAGCCGAGACUCUUAAGUUCAAGGUUAAUAAUGUUAAAAAGAAUUUCAAUUAAAAUUUAACAACAACCAAUUAAAUUUGUA